AUGCGUGCCAUAAAUAUAGUUCUUUUUGGGAUACUUGGAGCUACUCUUUUAUAUUAUGUUUAUGAAUAAUCAUAAAUUGAUUCGACUCCUUUUGAUUUAUAAACAAUUCAGGAAAAGGAAUUGGAAGCAAGAUAGAAAAUGAGUGGAAAUAAAAACUAUUAAAUUCCUAAUUUCUUUUUUGUUACCCCAUGGUAUAUUUGAAAAUAAGAAUAGGAAUAAGGAUGGAUAUCAACUUACAAUAAAAUAUGCAUAAAAAAUAGAUAUGGUAAGCCCAGCAUGGUUUAGUAUUAAACAGAAUAAUGUUGUUGAUGGAAAAUAAAUUGUUAACGAAUAAUGGAUUUAAGAAAUAGUCUUAGCUAAUCCUUAAAUUGCUAUAAUUCCUAGAGUUUAAAUUGAAUUAUAGGAAAAAUCAUUUAUAUAACAAAUUAAUAAUCCAAAAUUAUUGGAAACAAUAAUCAAUUUAGUAGAACAAUAUUCUAAUAAAUUUCAUGGAAUAAUGAUUGAUACACCCUAUAUAUCAUACAUUGAUGCUUUUGAUGCUUAAGAUAUAGUUAAAUUUCUUUAAAAAUUAAAAGCAAAACUUGGUAACAAAAUGUUAGUAUUAACAUUAUACGGUAUCUACAAUCCAUAAUAAUACAAGCAUUCAACUUUAAGGAAAUUAUUCAAAGUAGCAGAUUACACUUUAAUAUAAACAUAUGAUUAUUAGAUUUAAGAAGAAGAUGAUCAUUUAUUAUCACCUUAUUUUUGGGUUCAAGAGAAUUUAGAACAUUUUUUGAUAUACAAUGAAAAGUUGCUAUUUGUAAUUAUUGAGUAAUAAUAUUUAGGGAAUUCCUUUUUAUGGAUUUAAAAAAACUUAGUAUGAAAAAACUCAUUUUAUAGGUAAAGAACUAUUGAAAUUAAAUGCAUCUAAUUUUAAAACAGAAUGGGAUAGAUCUUCUUAUGAGUGUAGAUACAAAAAUGAUAUUAUUUCUAUUUCUUAUCCAUGCCCUGAUUUUGUUAUUUAAAGACUUAAUUUAAUCAAAGAGUUUGGUAGAGGUUAUUUUGUUUGGGAAGGUGGAUAAGGUAUUGAACUGUUUUAUCAACUUUUAUGAAAUAUAAAUUAAUAAUAAAUGUAAAGAAAAAUGUUUAUUUAUAAUAAUAACAAUUUCAAAUUUAAAUGGAACGCAAUUUAUAAUCCUGUUUCUAACAAUUUUAAGUUAAGAGAAAUUAAAAUUUUUUUUAUAAAAAAUAUUUCAAUAAGAUAAUAUUAAUGAAAAAAAAUAGACUAAUAAAGAGAGAUUGGAUGAUGAUAAAUAAAGAUAGAAAUUUAUAACUUAAGCAUAUAAAUAUAAAUAUGUUGGAGUUCCAUAUCAUAAUAGAUAUCAUGAUGAAACAUCUCCUUAUUUCAAUGCCCUUUUGUAUUUAGAUUGUUCUGGGUUGAUAAGGUAGGUAUUUUAUGAUCUAAGAGAAUAUUUUGGAUUUACUUUAGGAAAAUGGAUUUAAGCUAAAAGCUUAUCAAUAUUAUUUACUUGAUAAAGAGAUUGAAUUUAAGAUUUAAAACCAGAAGAUUUAAUCUUUCUAUCUAGAGUUUAUUAUGAUAAAUCUUGUAGAGCUUUUUUAGCAUAAUAUAGAUCAUGUUGAAAUUUAUCUUGGACAAGAAAGAACUAUUGCUGCAAUAUGGUAAUAAGGUACAAUUCAAGAAUUUAAAACUUACUUGAAUCAUAAAAUUAUUAUGAUGUUAAAUAUGAUUUUAAAUCGUUACAACCAUGGUUAGAAGGAAACUGUGAAAGCUUUUGUAUUGAAUAUUCAUGGAGAGAUGAUAGAAAUAAAUGGGUUAGUAAUAAAAAUUCUGUUUUUGCUAAAAAUUUACAAUAAGUACCUACUGAUUUUAUACAAAAACAAAGAGUUUAUAAGAAUUAAUUAAAUCAUAUCUCAGAAAUAAGAAUUAUGA